AUGGAUGCCGUGCGCCGCGCGGGCGACGCAGACGCGUCAACGAGCGCGACGGUGAGGGAUGGGGAGGUGUUUUCGAAGAAUUUGUACUUUGAGCACCCGUCGACGACGGCGCGAAGCGCGAGAGCGACGGAAGACGCGAUGCGAGCGCGCGGCGUGCGCGUGGUGCGAGGGGCAGAUGUGCCCAAAAUCGUGACGACGUUCGAGGAGGCGUCGUUCCCGGCGUACGUGAUGGACGAUUUGAAGGAGCGCGGUUUGGCGACGCCGACGCCGUGUCAGUGCCAGGCGUGGCCGAUCGCGCUGAGCGGACGAGACUUGAUCGCGGUCGCGGAGACGGGGUCUGGAAAGACGUUGGCGUACGUGUUACCCGCGAUCGUGCACGUGAACGCGCAGCCGGUGCUGGAGAAGGGGGAGGGGCCGAUCGCGUUGGUGCUCGCGCCGACUCGAGAGUUGGCGAGUCAAAUCGAACUCGAGGUCGCCAAAUUCGCGGCGUCGAGCGAGAUCAAGCACGCGUGCGUUACCGGUGGCGUCCCAAAAGGUCCGCAAAUAAAAGCGUUGAAAUCAGGAGGGAGCGAGAUUUGCGUCGCGACGCCGGGCCGCCUGAUUGAUUUUUUGGACGGCGGGCAGACGAAUUUGCGACGAACGUCGUUCGUCGUCCUAGACGAGGCAGAUCGAAUGCUCGACAUGGGUUUCGAGCCGCAGAUUCGUCGAAUCAUCGCUCAAACGCGCUGCGAUCGCCAAACGCUCCUGUUCACCGCGACGUGGCCGGUGGAGGUGCGAGAAGUGGCGAGAGAGUUUAUUCGCAACGACCCGGUGGAGAUGCGCGUCGGCGGCGCGGGCGACGGUUUGCUCGCAUCGAAAAACGUCGAACAAAUCGUGCACAUAGUCGAAGACGCGGAGGCAAAGUACGCUAAACUCAUGGAUAUUUUAGAAGAAGAGAUGGACGGGAGCUCGAUCUUGGUCUUCGUCGAGACCAAGGCGCUCGUGGACCAGCUGACGCGUCGACUCCGUUCGGAGGGUUGGCCCGCGCUCGGCUUGCACGGCGACAAAGAACAGAAAGAGCGCGACUGGGUCCUCGAAGAAUUUCGCGCCGCGCGAUCGCCGAUCAUGAUCAGCACCGACGUUGCCAGUCGCGGCUUGGACGUCGUCGGCGUGAAGCUCGUCGUCAACCACGACUUUCCGAAGAGCGUCGAGGAAUACGUCCACAGAAUCGGUCGCACCGGUCGCGCCGGACGCAAAGGCAAAUCGCACACGUUCUUCUCUAUCUUGCGCGACGGCAAGCACGCGCGAGAGCUCGCGCACGUCUUACGCGCGUCGAAUCAAUCGAUCCCGCGCGCUCUCGAGGGCGUCGUCGCCGACUGA